GUUUCGCUUAACGGAUUGUCUCUAGCUUCUUCGACAGGACCAUCUUCGUACAGUAGUCUCCCAUUCUUUCCUCUUCCGCUGACCAGUAGCAAUGGUCGUCCUCGGAGAUUCCCAGCAGAAGGCGGCGUUCUCCAUGUGCGUCAUAUCCAUCCCCAUAUGUAUAUUGGCAACUAUUUUGCGCUUCGUCGCCACCCGACGCUCCGGCCGGAGAUCUGGAUUUGAAGACUGGUUCGCGCUUGCGGCUCUGCUAACCUUUCUCCCCCUCGCUGUGGGGCUUACUUAUGUUGUGGUCAAACUCGGGAACAGGACAACGCCAAUGUUCUUGGAGGCACUGAAGGGACGAGACCCGGAGGCGGUGGGGUUCCUCAAAGUGAUAUGGAUCAAUAUGAGCUUUUUCUGGCCUCAGCAAACUUUCACAAAGCUGAGCCUGCUAGCACUAUACCACCGCCUCUUUUCCGUCAGUCACCGGUUCGUCGUGGGCAUCUGGAUCGUUACCGGCCUGCAGAUUGCACUGGGGAUUGGCGCCUACGUCACGUACUUCAACACAUGCAGGCCCGUAUCAAAAAGUUGGGAUAUCGAGAGUGGUGGGACCUGUUUCAAUAACACCAUCUUCUUCAGCAUCGCCAAUCCUUUAAACUCAUUAAUAGACUUUGUGAUGGCUGGACAGGCCGUCUGGAUGUUGAAGUCUCUUCGGCUUGGGGCCAAUGCUAAGUUCAAACUAGCUCUCCUCUUCCUACUCGGAGGUUUGUCGGGCGCAAUAGGCUUCGUGAAGCUUGGCCUGGCUCAGAAUGCCGUCAAUCACGACUUCCGGCAGGCUAUCUUCGACGAGGUCCAGAUGGCGACGAGCGUUAUCUGCUGCUGCGGUCCGCUCUACAAAAACCUGUUUUCCACCAAUAGGCACCUCGUUCGGGCGCUAUGCUCAUGGGUGACACGCGUGCAAGGAACCGACGCCGACGCCACAGACAACCCUCCGGGGGCCUAUUCCCCUUAUAGGCACCGGACCCCGCGCAUGUUCUCGUCUGCCAACCCCCCCGCCACCCUAGACAAGAUCCGACGUGACAAGUGGGUGAACCUCGAUGACUCGGUACUUGUUUGGACCAAUGUAGAGGCGUCUCGUAUUGACGUGGAGAUAUCUCACGCCGAUCAAGGGCUCGAGACGCCAUAUGAACCGGGAGUCGGCAUUCCCUUGCGAGCUGUGCGAGUCGACCGAAGAAUCGAGAUCAUGUAAUAUACAUAAUCUCUGCUAUGGUGCUGACGGGGAGUUGGCCUAGCCGAAGGGCUCGGACGAGUGCAACUAAACAUUAUAAUACGACCGAUGACGGAGACUGGAUGUUCGUUUACGGCCCUGCGGGAACCUUCUUCUCGGCUCUCUGGCGAGCUUCUCUAAGAUAUACGAGACCGAAG